CUGCUGGCGGCACUGCGUGGCUUUUCAUUGUAUAGGGCACGAUCCAGUGCGUGCUUAGGUAGAAGCAGGCGCUGCAGGUCCCUGCAUGCCUUGACCAGCCAUGCACUAGGGUCGGCGACAUCACAUCCAUAGAGCGUGAAGCUUAACUGGGAGGUGUGAUACAGUUAGGUAGACCUGUACACAUAAAUGCAUAAUUAUUUAUGUAAAGGCAGGAUGGCGUUGAAAUAAAAAGGUCAUCCUGUGGCUACUCUGAUAUGACCAGAUAUAUUUGGAGGAAGCACAGGGGCCGCCUCAUGCAACUCAUUUUGCAUAUCUUUCAGCUUUAAAUGAAUUGCCAUUAAUGCUGCAUCUAAAACAUUCUAAUGCCAAGGCUAUAUUUAAAGGCCCUGGAACUGGGAGAGUACAGAUCUUGUAUUUGUCUUUGUCCUCAUCUUUCAAUAUUUCUGUGGGAUUCUUAUAGUUUGAUUUAUUAGCAGCUUAAAAACAAUGGAGUGGAGAGUUGGCCUGUUGUAAAAUGUAAAAAAAAAUAUCUUUACAGAACAUCAUCUCUUCAAAAUAUCCCCUUCACCUACCAGAAGGCUAGUAAAUAAAACUGCAACUGCCAGUUGCCUUAACUGAGUAAAUAGGUCCGUGGUAAAAGCGAGGCUUCUUCAGGUCUGUGGAUGUUCAACAACAGUUUUGCCAUUUUCCUGAACCAUGGCCUACCAGCUCUAUAGAAACACCACGCUGGGAAACAGUCUUCAGGAAAGCCUGGAUGAACUCAUACAGUCUCAGCAGAUCACCCCUCAGCUUGCACUUAAAGUACUUCUGCAGUUUGACAAAGCUAUCAAUUCUGCAUUGGCACAGCGGGUCAGAAACAGAGUCAAUUUCAGGGGCUCUCUGAACACAUACAGAUUUUGUGACAACGUUUGGACGUUUGUACUGAACGACGUUGAGUUCAGAGAGGUCACUGAGCUUGUGAAAGUGGAUAAAGUGAAAAUAGUAGCCUGUGAUGGGAAAAAUACUGGCACCAAUUCUGCUGAGUGACGAGGUGGCAUCUCCGUGCCAGCAUUACCUUUAAGGGGCUGCACUUCUGGCAGUGGAGCAGGGCCAGAGACUGUGUGGAUGGCUAUUCUAAUGGCGAAGACAUGAGGAAUCCAUGCCAGAAUGCCUUUGGGAACUGUUGGCAAGAUCUCUGCAGAGCAUCUUUUCAGUUCACUGCCUGGAGGGCAUGAAGACAAAGGAUCUUGCUUUUUUUAAAAGUGAAACAAACCAUAAGGAUGAUACGCUGUUGCUUUUUGGUUCGUCAAGGUAGCUCCAAUAAACCUUUUAUUUAAAACUC